GAAAUCACAGAGGUAAUACAUUACAAGCUGGAUCUGUUCGUGCUGUUGGAAAGACAAUGGAGUAUAUCUUACCUUUUUUGACCACAUUUUUGAUAAUACCUUCUAUCCUUAACCUGUUCUCAGAAAUGCAACACCUCAGAUUUUUUUUACAUAUUUUGUCCAAGGAUUGUAGAGUUUCAGAAAUCCAUUUUGCAGCCUUUCAUAAACAACAAUAAUAUAAUUUCUGAAGGAAUUUUUUUGCGCGAGUACUAAUUUUUUCUACCUCGUUUUUGCAUAAUAGCAGUUACUUCUAGGUUGAUACAUAUUGUGGUCUUCUGUCUCUUUUUAUGUGUGUUUACAUUAGAGCCUGAUAGAUUCAGGAAGGCUUUAGAAUAUCCUAGAAUGUAUUUAGAAAAUCGCACGAAGAUACUAGGAUUUAUUACGUUAACUUUUAGGUGGUCUAAGCUGUUUUGCUUAGGUACUCUUACCUUCAGAUCAAUUUAAACUGGAAAAGCAAAGCAAGAGCUGUAACUCAGCCUUAUUACAAUCUUACAGGUCGCAACUGAAUAGGAAUUCAUGUUUUAUCCAGGAUUUACAGAAUGAAUGGGUAUCUAAAUCACUCCAUUUGAGAAUAAGUCUGGCAUAUGUUAUCAGCUUUAGUUGUGAGUUUCUUUAUUUUUUUUCCCUCCAAAUAAGCACUGUAGGUUUUAUUAUAUAAACUGUGUUCGGAGUUGAGGAAUCCUGUGACUACAGAUGCUGAGAAUGGAUUAUGAGAAACAGGACAGCAGAAAAUAGAGGAUUAUAAAAAACCUGCUAAUAUUUUAGUUAUGGGUGAAGGUCCUGAGCGAGGAAGAGUAAAAAUUGCUGACAUGGGCUUUGCCCGAUUAUUUAAUUCACCUCUGAAGCCUUUAGCAGACUUGGAUCCAGUAGUUGUAACCUUCUGGUAUCGAGCUCCAGAGUUGCUUCUUGGAGCAAGGCAUUAUACCAAAGCUAUUGAUAUUUGGGCCAUAGGGUGUAUAUUUGCAGAGCUGCUAACAUCAGAGCCAAUAUUCCAUUGUCGACAAGAAGAUAUCAAAACUAGUAAUCCUUAUCACCAUGACCAGCUGGACAGAAUAUUCAAUGUAAUGGGAUUUCCUGCAGAUAAAGAUUGGGAAGACAUAAAAAAGAUGCCAGAACAUUCAACCUUAAUGAAAGAUUUCCGGAGAAACACGUAUACCAACUGCAGCCUUAUCAAAUAUAUGGAAAAACAUAAAGUUAAACCAGAUAGUAAGGCAUUCCACUUGCUUCAGAAAUUGCUCACUAUGGAUCCAAUAAAGAGAAUUACCUCAGAACAGGCUAUGCAGGAUCCUUACUUCUUGGAAGAUCCUCUUCCCACAUCCGAUGUUUUUGCAGGUUGUCAAAUCCCUUACCCAAAACGAGAAUUUUUAACAGAAGAAGAACCAGAUGAUAAAGGAGACAAAAAGAACCAGCAGCAGCAGCAGGGCAAUAACCAUACUAAUGGAACUGGUCAUCCAGGGAACCAAGACAACAGUCACACACAGGGACCCCCACUGAAAAAAGUGAGAGUUGUUCCUCCUACCACUACCUCAGGUGGACUUAUUAUGACCUCAGACUAUCAGCGUUCCAACCCCCAUGCUGCCUACCCCAACCCCGGACCAAGCACAUCGCAGCCACAGAGCAGCAUGGGAUACUCAGCUACCUCCCAGCAGCCGCCGCAGUACUCGCACCAGACCCACCGGUACUGAGCCGCACCCGGUGCCGUCGAUGCGCUGUCGCUGAUGCUGCAGGACCGGCCGCAGCUGCGUGCCAGGAGCCCGGCUUGGGCCAGAGAAUGUACUGUACAACCACACCUCCCACCUGUCCCACCGCCACGAGCCACCCCCUGCCACGGGGCCGAGGGGGGGCUCCCACGUUGUACCUGGUUUUGGGGUUAGACUUGGAAAGAAAGUGCUAGCACGGUUUGUGUUGUGGAUAUGCUACUUCUGUAGUUUACUUGACAUGGUUCAGACUGACCGAUGCAUUUUUUUCAGUGACAGUCUGUAGCAGGUGAAGCUGUGAAAUGUGCUAGGGGCAAGCAUUUUUGUUGUCGUAUGUGGUGAAUUCUCUUGAUGUAACAACUUCAUCUGACCAAUAGUACAUGACAUCUUUAAACUGGUACUUGAAGCAUACAGUAUAUGUUACCACGGCAAAAAAGCAAACUAACCGUAACUCUCAGACAGUUUUGAUGGACAUUUAUUUUUAGUGACUUUUGUGGGUUGGUUCAUUUUCCAGCUAGAUCAAUGUUUUAUGACCGACAUGAUUGCUACAACGAGAUUUUUUUAAGAACAUGGAAGCGUUUGCAUUUUUUCCCAGCAAUUACAAGCGUCCCAAAGAUUUAUUUCCAACAUAAGUUUUUGUUUUUGUUUUGAAAUCUAUGACUUGACUGGUAUUAAAGCUGCUAUUUGAUAGUAAAAUAAGUAUGUUGUCAUUGAUAUAAACAUGUUUGGUUCAGCAAACAAACUAAAAUGAUUGUCAUAGACAGUGUUUUAUUUUUUUCCUGUUGGUGUUAAUGAUUUGUGAGCAUGCUUUGGGAUUAAAAAAGCAUGAGUGAUAUUUCCUAAAAAGGUGCGGCAUCCAUUCAGAUAUUUUGUCAUGAUUUUUGAGAACCAGCUUGGUGUAGUGGAUUUUAAAUUUUGUUCAGUUAAAUUUUUUUUAAUGUUCGCACGUUGUUUAGGGGUGCCAUUCCUACUGCAGAGGAACAAGAUGUUAGGAGAGCCUUAGAAUUUAUGAGGAAAAACUUACAUACAAUGUACUGUAUCAAACUAUUUUACAUGAAUGACACAAGUAUUCUGAGUAAAAAAGAAAAUCAAACAUUGUUAAAGCAAGGUGUUAUGUAAUAAAUUUAUUUUUCAUAAAUCUGCA